AUGUUGUCGUUUCCCUAUCGUUUCGCUUUAUUCGCAUCGCUUCUCAUAGCCGGCGCGUCCGCCGGAAUCGUGGAUCGUUCCCGGAAAGCCGACGAGAAUGACAAGAUGAAGUUCGCGUUCGGAACGAUCGAGAACGGACAGAACUAUGGGGCGCAACCGUACUUGCAGGUGGGUAACAGAGUUGCGCGGAAGAACUCAACAGAAGAACACGGAAGAAUUUUUAUCUUUUUUAGAAAAUUUUUUCAUGGAAUGUGAUCAACUGACGAAAUGUAUAGCAAAGUGUGCUCUGCUCAUAGAAAAAUAAUUGUAAAUUUAACUUUUCAUACAAAAAAGUUAUUGAAAAUGUCCUUCCGUCUUGCCAUUUUUUUUCAGCCAUUUUUCACGGAACAACUCGAAUAACUUUUUUGUAUGAAAAGCUAAAUUUGCAAUUAUUUUUCUAUGAGCAGAGUUCACUUUGCUCUACAUUUCAUCGGUUGAUCACAUUUCAUGAAAAAAUGUUCUAAAAAAGAUAAAAAUUCUUCCGUGUUCUCCGUCGUCUUGACAUCUCCAAGAAGUCUCCCCCAGUUUUAGAUCCCUGUGGACGGGCAGAAACUCACCGUUCCCAAGGCGUUCUACCAUUACACGGAGAACGAAGUGUCGGCGGGAGCAAGUUUCGGACUGCCGGACGAGCAUCGCCUCCUCGACACUGACGGAUUGUUCGUCAACAAUCGGAAGGAGAUCAACGGGAUCUAUCUGCCGAUUCCCAAUAUGGAUCCCAUCAAUUUGCACUUUGUCAAUCAAAAGUUUGAUUUGGCAGCAUUGCCGUCUCAUUUCUGAUGUGAUUUCCAGAAUCUUCGAGAAAGGGAUCGACACUCGGGCUCAUGAGGAAUCACCGGAAAGUGUGCUCCACAGAGCCAAAAUGUACUAUUUUUUGUUGUCGUUGUUUCUCCUCAAAAAACAAUCUCAGUUUAGGAGCUGUCUGACAGAAAGUGAGUUUGAAUGUGAACGCCAACUUCUCAAAUAUCAUCGAGCCAAAAGUGAGGCUCUGAAAAGGGAGAGAAUGCCACUGCACGAGCAGUUGAUGGAAUUGGUGAGUAUAUCGCAGCUGCUGGGAGAGCUAUCAAAAAGUUGUCAACUAGGAAAUUGUUGAAUAAGGAAUUCUAUACAUUUUCUCAGUUGGGUAAUUUUUCAUAUCUUUACACACACCCUAGAUAUACCCUUUUUACGGAAAGACUGUUUCGUUUGCAGGGCCAACUCUCCUCGUCGGCCAAGAUCCACGAUAAAGAGGGCAACGGAAUGGGCGUUGUGGUCGGCAUUCCCGGAUACGAUCCGUUGUACAUUGGCGCCAAUCUCGGACACGACAACGAUCAGGACCUGAACAUUCGAUUCGCUCCGCCGGCUUAG